AUUUUCUUUGCCAGAACGUCACAAACUACAAAAUAGUUUCCACAAGUUUAUUCUUUCAGACUAAACUUAGCCACAACAUGUAUUUUGUAUUAACUAAAUGUGCGUUUUUGUUGUUUAUGUUCAUCAAAAGUGGUGAAUCUACAGUAAAAUGCUACCUGUGUUCGACCAAAGAUAACGAAACGAUGUGCAAAAACCCAGAAACUUACAAUCUACCACUGAGAAAAUGCGAUUCCGACGCCUUGGACAAUACCAAACAUUUUGCUCAUCGUAUCGACCCAAGUUAUGAGAAAAUUUUUGAAGUUGACUCUUCGGACAUCUCGAAAAACUUGGACCUGGACUGUUUAAAAGUUGUAACAAAAACUGGCAAUAAAGAGCACAUCAUCAGGGGCUGUCAACUGGCAGAACAGAGCAGUCUGGACAUCUGUGCCAGAAUGAAAAAAGCCGACAACAGCUUCCUGAAGAAAGUUCACUGUUCCAGAUGCAACAAAGACGGAUGCAACACUGCAUCGGCACGCUAUAAAACCAACUUGUUCUUAAUGUCAACAACUAUCUUUGUAUCAGUAGCCUACGCGACACUCAAAUUUUGAAAUUUUUUGAAUUGUUAAUCAUGCGAAAGCAGACAGUAUUAAAAUAAAGUAAAACUU